CCUAAGAUGAAGCUAUGCUGUUUGGGAGGGAGACAAUGCAUCUAUCCCAUGCUGAUGGUGACAAGAUCUGGGAAGGCAUAGCCAGGCAGAUCUCAUCAGUCAGCCAGGUCCCCAGCUCUGUAAAAGACAUUAAACACAGAUGGGACAACAAGAAGAGGAGGACUAAGGACAAACUGGCAUUCAUGCAGAAGUCCCUUGCCAGCCCUGACAGCCCAGGGCAGCCCGCAACCAUCGUCCUGGCCGCCCAGGAGAGAGCCAUCGAGUCAACGCUGCAUUCAUCACACCAGAUGCAUGGCUUCCAAACAGCGGAUGUGGAUGUGGUUGACAGCCUGUCAGCAAGCUCUGAUGAAGAUGAAGAGAUGCCAGGCACUUCUCGGGAGCACUGCUUCUCAUCGCUGCAGAGGGCCAGUGCAGGAGUCAGCCAGCUCUCUGGGUCUUCCUUCCUCCGCAGUUCUUCCUCAUCAGAGCACUCAGAAGCUACCAGCCAAAGGCAGGAGCUGCACCAUCCAUCCCCACACACCACCUCGUCCUGCAGACCCCCGCACAAGGAGUCCGCCCCUCUCCAGCUUCAGUCGCCAGCUUCUUCAUUCCCACGCACAGCAAACAGACCUGUUCAGGCCGUUCUGGUGGCUAUUCACAGAGACAUGGCAGACAGCAUGCAUGUCAUCAGUCCGAGGAUGGCUGACCUCACCAGCCAGGUUGGACAGAUGUGCCAGACCCUAUCAGAAAUCUGUGAUGGGGUCCAGGCUUUCCAUAGAAUACAGGAGUCUAGUGUCAUGCAGGGGUGUCUUCUGCAAGCAGCAUGUUCAGAACAGCCCCCUGAGUUCAGUGCAGAGUCUUAACCAAAAUCCCCCAAAACAGACUGCUCCUGCAUGGACUAUCAGGUCACAAAAGAGAGGACCCCAUUUUUAGCCUGCUUCAUAUAAAGUAAAAAGAAGGGUGCCCCUUCCUGAGCUGCUGCAUGUUCACCUGGCCUCUUCACGUGUGUUGGUACUCUGUGGGGAAGGUCAACAGCCACCCCAACCCAUCCAUCCAUCCUCCUCUAGCUAACAGAGCAGUAUGAAUUCUGGCAGCUGAAUAGUAGGGUUGGUCCUCUGCAAUGGCAAAGAGGAAUCUCAAAUCUUAUAAAGCUUGGGAUGUAGGACACCUUUCUGUUCACAGAGAUUAGUAGUUUUCACUGCCAUCCCCAUGCUUUAAAGGCUCUAUAAGCUAAGAGAUGCAAUAGGAAUCAAUAUCUUGAUUUCUUCUCGUGCCUUUGAAACAUUAUUUACUGAGGCAGUUUACAACAGAGCUCCCUUUGCAAUCAACCCACAGAUUUACCCUACUACUACCUUCCCAUCAUCUUCCUGCAAAUUAAUAUAUGCACUGUGCAGGGAUACAACUUUGUCUCUAAAGACUCUUGCUGCUCGUUAUUUUUAUCUUGUAUUCAGCAAUAAUGGGCAAUGCAGGCUUAAUGUGACUUAUGCACAGGUUUGGGGAGAGGGGUGUAAAAGCAGAGCUUGUGCAGGGAAGGGAAGAAGGCACAGUGCUGAGAACAGGAAGACAGGUCUGAGCACUCUGUAGUUUUAGACUGCACUUACUCAUUGUGAUUUAGGCUGGGAUCUGUACUUUGUUCUCGUAUCAUGAAGAGUUUACAAUGUAAAUUCACAUCUAUAUAGGUUAAAAUCUUAGGCAUGUUUGUUUUGAACUGCUUUCUUUCCCCAUACAGAUGCAGGAAGAACUGGGUUACAAAAAUUUAAUUGUUCUAGUGCUGCAUGAGAUUCCCAUGUACAACCCUGAUUCUGAAACUAGGCUUUAAUAAUGUUACCUCAGGUGGUGAUAACAUAGGUGGCAGCAUUUUUACAAAAUAUCUGUCUUCUUGAUUUGCACAUCUGCACCUGGCAUGCUUCGCCAAUCUCUGGGAACACCUGGACCAUUAUCAUUAUAUUCUUCUAGAGGGAAAAGGGCCAAGGUUUUACCCACAGCAUGUUGCUGCUCUCUGUAAGGUCCUACUGGAUGGGGAGGUGGGUUGCAGGAAACUAUUCAAGUUAAUAUGAAUGCACACUGUCAUGCCAUGUCUGGGCUACAGACUUGGCCAAAAGCCAUAUAAUUCAGUGGGAAUUGAGUGUAGUCAGUGCAGUAUAGCAGAAGGCUGGUAUGUUUUAUGUGAUCUUGAAGGAUCUUUAAUCUGUCUGGCCUGUCCUUUGACAGUAUAGUGCACUAGCUUCUCUUCUGGAGAGUUCACUGUAUGUCUGGUGGGUCAGGCAUUCCUGACAUGCUUUUCCUUUUUAAUUGUUCUGUAAUUCUAAUUCAAGUAAUUUAUUUUUAGGGAGGUGGUGAAAGGCCAAUGAAGGUCUGGCAAGGAGAAAAACCUCCUUUCUGAGGAAUGACCCAUGCUGGUUUCAUGCAGAGGACAUUCCUUGUGCUGGUGCCAGACCAGAGCAGUACUCACUCACCUGAGGAUGUCAUUAUACUUAUGUUGUAACAUCCAUAUUCUGCAGAAGUCAUAGUCUCUCUUCAGCUGAAGGGAAAUCUGGUAGAAGUGGAUCUAAUUUAUGAAUCACAGAGAACUGAAAAAAUGGUGAUAUGUUUUAAAAGCUUUCUGGGUCAAUAUAGUGCUGCUGCUACAGCAUAUUACAAGUAGUAUUUUGUAUUUUUAUAAUAUGUGGUCCCUGCUGAUAUUCUCCCAUGGAUACACUGAUAGGAUUAUCUCCUCUGAUGUGGUUCAGGGAGAUCCUUUCUGGGAACCCUCAGGUCUGCAGAGGAGGAGACUCCCACAGCUGCUGGGUGCUGGAGGGAGUUGGCAUCAUCGCUACCAUUGGUUGCCCACACUGACGCAUUUAGAAUGAGAAUCCUUGUGGAGGAUGUGCAGCCUUAAAAACAAACCCCAAAGGCUGGACUUUUUUUCAGGCGAAAGGAGCUUGUAUUAUUAACUGCCUGAUGUUUCCCUUAGUUUCCUCUGUGGACUAUUACAGAUUGGCCCAGAUCUGGGACUGUUUCUCCGGCCCUGUGUAGACCCCUCAGUGAAGUGGCUUUUCUGUACUGGCUCACAAAGGAUACCUCCUCCUGCACCCCAUCAUGUUAACUGUCUGUUGAAGUAAGUGCCAGUGUCAAAGCAAACAGCUGUGCUCAACCCCAGUAUCUCCAUGUCUUGUAUAUGCUGAAAAAAUUAUCUUUAAAAGUAUUUUUGUUAAUAAUGCAAUAAAUAUGUAAUGCUUUUAA